AUGCAACUAUCGCCUACACCGUACAUAAGUGUGCAGCUUAAAUACGGCUGUGGAGAUCCUAACUGUACCAAUAAUCACUGCAGAUCCUCAAAGUCUUUCUCCCAUAUGCUCCCUGACGACUCUGGAGAUAGUAAAUGGGCAUCGCAGCUAGCCAAGCAGAUCACAGCCCAACACGGAGACGCGGCUGUUUGUCCAUUAACUAUCUCGAGAAUUCUGUCUCUCUGGCUAAAGGGUGUCGAUUUGCUCCCAAAUGCAACACGUCUCCCGUUGGGUCACUUUCUUUGGAAGUACGGCAAUCCAUCACAGUUCAGCCCAGAUCAGGGUCUCCAGGACUUUAUAAAUAAGUUAGACAGGCUUAAGCUCGUACAGCUCGAGUCUUGCAUUCCCUUUGAAUUUCUGACCAUUAUGCUUAGGAAUCAGCUUGUUAGCUUUGACGGGCUUUCUAGCUUUUUAUUCCAUAACUUUACGCUUCCUCAGGCUAUCCUAGCUAUUCAUGCGUUUUUCGAGACAAUCUUUUCCGUCGAGGAACAGCGCGCCCUGGCUGCUGGCGGCCAGUCUAAGUUCCAGGACAGCUCCAUAACAGGCACUGCAGUGAUGGAAGUGUGUGGUCCCGGGAUGGACCUGAUUCAAACGUUUUGUGAGUGCGUUGAAUCCUUUACCAGUAUCCUUGAGGCAAGCCCUGAUUGUAUUACUUCGAACGAUAAAGCCAUAGACGCUAUAAUUCUUUUGAUGACACUCCCAGAGAAACUAUUGUGCGGCCGGCAGCAUCUCUUUUUAUCUCUCUGUGAUCUAGUUGUACACCUUCCGCCGGACACUCUCCAGGUUCUACGUUUAGGACUGGAGAGUUUUUGUACCGUGUUCCAGGCAGAGCUUAGUCACUACGUUAGCACAGCAGAGCAGCUAGCAGUCCUGCAGAACAGUAGCAUUUUCAGCCCUAAGCUCUUACUAGAGCGUCUGGUUAAGAUCUCCAAGAAUUACUUAUCGCGUCUUCUCCUCGUGAAGGAGGUCCCGAACAAGAGGGUCACCAUUUUAGACCUAAAGGACAACGGCGAUAGUAUAUACCAGGUUCUGCACAUGAUCUCUAUCCUACACGCACUCAAUCUUCCCUUCUCGUAUGACACCACUGUACUCUCCGCUGAUACGGUAAAGUCCGAAGAGCAGCUGAACCUUCUUGCAGAAACAGCGGGUGACCGAGUGGACGAUCGCCCAGAGGUAAAGACACGCUUUAUUCCAGAGAGCCUUUUCAUGCUAGAGUACAUUAACUCCCGGAGCUACCUCUUUGCCAUGGAUGCAAAGUACUGGCUAAUGCAUUACAAAGAGAUAAACAACUUGGACAAUGCUUCUACCACCUUUCUUUACUCUAGAGAGCAGGUGCAGCAUCUCUCCUCCUUAGCCUUUCUGAUCUAUGAUGAUGAACUUAGUCGUACAAAGGUAAGCAGUCUUUUGGCUCUAGAUAACUCCUUAUGCAAGCUUUCACUAACUCCUGACGAUCUGAGCACUGAAGAGAUCAAGUAUCAGGGCCCCAUCACGCAGCUGAACUUCAUGGAGUUGGCAGCAAACAUGCCUCCCUCCUUCAGGACCCAGAUGUCAACCAUCAAAGACAUUCCUUUUUCUGCUGUCAACUUCACCUUCUUAAGUUAUCCAUUUCUCCUCGACCCCAUGAUCAAGGUCCAGAUCCUUUGUGCAGAGUGCUGCUAUGAAAACUUAUUCAAUAUGGGAACCGUCAUAUAUCCAAACAGAUUUAACAUUUUCUAUGAUACACUAGAUCACAUCAUAGGCCACUCGCCCGAAGAUGAGCACGGCUGGCGGAGUAUCUCCAACAGAAGCUUUCUGCGUAAGCCUCUGCGCAUCACCUUUGACUGGGAGGACGGCAUCGAUCAGGGUGGCCCACGGACAGAAUUCUUCAACCUCAUCUGCGAUGAGAUGUUUUCAAAAGCCCUGGACUUGUUUGAAGAGAACCAGGAGACGCACAGCUUCUACUUUAAUCGUAAGAACGGAACGGUUGCAGAAGGGAGCGAGCAGUGGAUCAAGUUAUCGAAGAACUACUGCUUUGCCGGCAUGAUACUGGGGAUGUGCUUGCUCAAUAGGGUUAACAUAACCAACCACUUCCCGCGCGUGCUCUACAGAAAGUUAUUGGGCUACAAAGGGGUGUUUGAGGACCUAGAGAACUAUGAUCUUACAAUAUACAAAGGCUUGUGCAAUCUUUACAAUUAUGCAGCACAAUUGAGAGAGGGAAGCAAUCUUCCGUCGAUAAAGGAUACGUUUUGUUUGACUUUCACGGCUUUAGGACCGAACGGAGAAGACGUUCCCUUGAUAGAGGGUGGCCAGGAGAUAUAUGUAGACGAGCACAAUGUUGAAGGGUAUAUCAAGGCAUAUGCAAAUUACAUUCUCAACGACUCUGUGUCUAGGCAGUUUGAAGACUUUGCAGAUGGCUUCCAUCUUCUUGUUCGCUCCAGGUCCCUCACGCUCUUCACGCCUGCAGACCUUGAGAUUGCUCUGUGUGGAGAGCCCAACCUGGACUUCAUCGCGUUGAAGAACAACACAAAGUAUGAUGAGCCUCUCUCGCCAACACACCCGCUUAUUAUAUGGUUCUGGGAUAUUGUUCUCAAUGUCAUGACUCAGGAUCAGCGCAAAGCGUUGCUUAAGUUUGUCUGUGGAAGCGCGCGUGCUCCCGUCGGUGGGCUCAGUAGGCUGCGCUUUAAAAUUACCCUUAAUGGAGAUAACGAUCAGUUCCUUCCUACAUCACAUACCUGCUUUGGCAUUUUGAUGCUUCCGAAUUACAGUCUGAAAGAAAUACUACAAGAACGAUUGUUCAAGGCAAUUCAGUAUGACGAGGGCUUUGGCUUAAAGUAA